AUGCCAGCAACCAUUCCCGGAUCAAGCCAAUCUGGCAAAAGGAAACGGACUUCAUCUGAAAAAUAUCGUUCAAAACGAGCGCGAUCUGAGAGCCCUGGUAGCAGCGAGGAGGAGGGGGAGGAAGAGGAGGAAGAUGGCCAGGCGCAAAUUCUCCUACUGGCCGAGGAAAUUUUCGAGUCGAAGAAGAACUACAAUAAUAUCACGAAGCUAAUACAGAUAUUGGGAGAGGAUAGUGAAGAGGCGGAUGACUCGGUGCUUGCAGCAGUCUCAUUAUGCCGAGUCUUCACACGGUUAAUGGUGUCUGGGGACAUGACUGCGAAGAAAGGCGCAACCGAGAAGGAUACUGUGGUGAUCAAGUGGCUGAAGGAGAGAUAUUUGGAGUAUAAGUCCGGGCUAUUGUUGUUUCUUGGGGAGGAGGGGAUCUCGUCGACGGCAUUGGAUAUCUGCAUGCGGCUAUUGAAGACUGAGGGACAGCACCUUCGAGGGUUGGAAUACAAAUUCCCCACAACGUUUCUCGCGGAUAUGGUGCGAGUCUUACUGGAUCCAGAAAGUGAUGCAAGCACGAGGAAAGAAUUCAGCGAGAAGUUUGUUGAGGAAUACGACGACAUUCGCUUCUAUACUUUGGAGGCACUCGAGAAAAUCUUGAGCGAAACCGACUCCCAGGAAUUGUUCAACAAUGCUCUAGAUAUCCUGACUGCCAUAGAAUCUGUCCCCGAGUCGACAGAAGAAUUGGAAGAUUUCUACGUACCCGCACCUACGAAGACAAACCAUGCCUUAUAUUCUCUCACUCAACAUAAGAAGCGAGCGCAAGGAGCCUGGCUAGCUUUGAUGAACUUGGAAAUGGACAAGGACCAGCGGAAAUCCAUAUUGGGACUCAUGGCCAAAUCUAUCGCACCAUGGUUCAUGAAGCCAGAGCUGCUGAUGGAUUUCUUGACAGACUCGUACAACUCGGGUGGAUCCACGUCCCUUCUCGCCCUAUCUGGGGUGUUUUAUCUUCUUCAAGAGAGAAACCUGGACUACCCUUCCUUUUAUCGAAAACUGUACUCUCUAUUGGACUCGGAAAUCCUGCACUCGAAACAUCGAUCAAGGUUUUUCCGACUCCUAGAAACUUUCCUUGGAUCUACGCAUCUUCCAGCCGUGCUUGUUGCCAGCUUCUUGAAAAGGCUUGCCCGUCUGACGUUGAAUGCGCCACCAGCAGCUGUCGUGACGAUUGUGCCUUGGCUAUACAAUGUGCUGAAGAAGCACCCAAUGUGUACAUUCAUGAUCCAUCGGGUGACGAGGACACAAGAGGCGAGAAACAUACUGGAAAGCGAAGGAAUGGACGAUCCAUUUCUGAUGGACGAAGAGGACCCAAUGGAGACAAAAGCAAUCGACAGCAGUUUAUGGGAGAUAGUGAUGCUUCAAUCACACUAUCAUCCCAACGUUGCGACAUUGGCGAAGAUAAUUUCGGAGCAAUUCACCAAGCAGUCCUACAAUAUGGAGGACUUUUUAGACCACUCCUAUGGAAGUAUGCUUGAUGCAGAGUACGUGAAGGAUGUCAAGAAGACACCUGUAGUAGAGUUCGAGAUACCCAAGAAGAUCUUUAUGAGGCAGGAUGCUUCGUCGGAGGUUAGUGACCGAUUGUUGGUGGUCCUUUGGGAUUGCAGCUAG